UCGUGCACACGAGCCUGGCGUAGGUAGUCGAGCAGCUUCACACGAAAGCUGACCGGGCUAGAUGCCGUAUCAGAACCGACGGCCUGGAGGAUGCGGCAUGGGCCAAAAAAGCGACGCCGAAACUUGCGAAGCGUGUCCGCUUCGAGCUCGCGCUGAAGCGGCGCGAGAAGUGGCGGCCCUGCUGCGAGGAACGGCGGGGGCGACCGCGGAAAUGGGAACGGCGCUGGGAUGUACCGUGAGAGGAGGAGGAGGCGUAGCCCGUGCGCUGGGGCUGGGAGGAGGAGGCGGGGUGGAGACGGGCUCGCAUCCGCUGGUGGUCCCUGGCGGCCUCCCCCUAAGAUUACAAACUGAUGAUGAUGAUGAUGAUGAUGAUGAUGAUGAUGGUGAGGUCGGUAAUGAUGAUGAUGAUGAUGCUGAUGAUGCUGAUGCUGAUGAUGAUGAUGAUGAGGAUGAGGAUGACGCACAGCGCCCUUGCAGACUGAUGUCGACGGAACAGGACACCGGGGCACUGCCACGACGCAGUGCCAGAAUCGCAGUUCGUGCCCACCCCGCAGUACCUCCAAGACCGAAGAAACUCAGCAGACGGACGACUCCAGCAGCAUCAAGUACGGCAUUGACGGUACACGACGCCACCGGAGAUCAUCCCACAUACCCAGUCCGAGGAGCCAAUGAGCCAGCGGCUGAUUAUCGUGGGCGGCUACUGGCAUUUACAGAAGUCGUAGCUGCCGUCGAGGCUCGGAAGGAGGCAGCAGAGGCAGAACGUCAGCGGCUAGCCAAUGAAGCGGCAGCCGAAGCUCAGCGAACGGCUGAGACUGACGCGGCGACACGAGACAGACGGAAUGCCAGCAGCACGGAGUCCYUGAUUGCUUGUGAGCAUCAGUGGACGACGAUACUCCAAGGCAUGAUCUUUGUGCCUACGGAAGCGCAGGCAGACUCGACACCGGCGGAGGCAGAGAGGAACAACCUGGCUAACUUGAUGUUGGACAUGAUGAGAGAGGCAACGCAGCAGCAGCAACAGCAUCAACUGUUGAAUUCCACUAUCACACGCGUCAACAGCAUAGAGGCUAACGCCUCAGCAGCGCCAGGCUGCACGACAAACGUGACGAAGCAACUCAACGAGCGCAUCGAUCACGUCGUCACCAUCAUCGGCGACAUAAGUACGUUCACUGGACCAGACUCGAUCAACAGCACGGUGGCCGCCAUCAAGACGGACCUCACCAAGCUACAGACGAGACCGGAAGCCGCUACAAAGACGUUCAAGAUGCCGCAUUUCGACAUCAGCAAGUUCGACGACUACAACAAGUCGGACGCCUUGUCAUGGUGGCAACGYUUCCUCACGGAAGCAUCAUGCCGCAUGGUCCCGGCGGACGACAUGUUAAAGGCACUAUAUCUGCAGCUGAUUGGAGGAGCGCAGGGAUGGAUGAACCACCUAGCGGCUACACACAAGUGCACUAUCGCCGAACUCUACACGCACAUCACGUGGAAGGAGUUUGAGCAGCUAUGGUUCACCCGGUUCAUGGUCCGCAACGUCGUGAAGGCGGCCAUGAAUGAGGCCAUUCUGGAUCGAGCGAACUUGGUCAUCCAAACGGACGACAAGGCCGCUAACGAGAGACAAUCCCAGCCGCACUAUGUGGCUAAGCAGACCUAUCAACGUCCGGCACAUAACAAUGCCGUGUUUUCUGAAGAAAUCGACGACCACCACGCGACGGCAGCAUCCUUGAGUGAUGGAGGAAUUGUCGCAGCGCUCCCGCCGAAGCAUCCGAAGAGAGUUCGCAAGAACAAGGCGACACAAGGGACAGCGGCGACGGGAGCUGGGCAGCAGCCAUGGACGGCUUAUAAGAUCACCAAGGACGUCUAUGACCUACGUCAGAAGUACGCAUACUGCCUAUGGUGCAACAAGGCCAUUCAAAGGUGCAAAGGUGGAAAUGUGAGCUGCGCUCGUUCGGCCUGUGGCUACAUCAGCACCCGCGACAAGAUGUAUAAGCCGUUUGAUUGCGUGGAGGAUACUCUAGUUGCGGCAGCGGAUUGCUGCCAAAAGGCUCCUCUGAGUCAGAGUCAACCAAACAAUGUCAGACCCAUUCUCCUUAACUUCAAUGAGGCAUACAUGCGAUAUCCGGAGGUGCUGGGGAACCGGGCAGCAGCGAAAGCUAUGGCGCACUUGCAUGAACAGACAUGCAUUCAGUUGGCCCUGCGAAACAUAUUGAAAGAGGUGGUCAAAACUGUAGAUGAUUAUGUCUUAACAGGGUGGAUCUCUUUCGCCAGUUAUGCAGGGACUUUCUACAGCCAUCCUGGCCUGAUCGUCAUCGAGGUCGAAUGUCGUGGUCACAAUGGCGCAAAAGUUGGGCCGUCGUGAGAGGGCGUCUGCAGCUCGAUUGGCGGGACCGGGGAUGUGACACGGGUCAAAAUCGAACUGGUCGAUGUAAUACAUCC